AUGGAAAACAGCAGCCCACCCGACUACCAAGCGCUCUAUUUGAGGGCAGAGGAGGAACGCCAGCGGGAAGCAGAGCUUAGGAAACAAGCUGAGGAACGCGAACGACAAGCUGAGGAACGCCAACGACAAGCUGAGGAACAUCAGCAGCAAGCAGAGCAGGAAAGGGACCAGGAAAGAGAGCAAACACGACAAACCACCUUUGCAGAGCUAAUUCGAUACUGUCACAACUAUACUUCUCUAUGCCUGAGAGUCGAAAGUCCGUCCCGUUCUACGACGGGAACGGUUCCGGCGCCAAAGGGGAAGCGCUGUCCGCUGCAACUUCUGCCUUGGACCGAGUGCACAGCCAUACAGCAAGAGAUCUAUCACUCCGUUUGUACUUAUUUAGCACCGCCUGGACAACCUGCUGCACAAGUGUUUCCGUCGCGUACUGUCCUAAAGGGGUUUGGGGAAGAGUUCAAGAAGAGAGCUAUAAGCAGUGAGCAGGAUCUGCAAAGCUAUGAAAGAUUCGGGGUGGAGAACUAUGUCCGUGAUAUUAUCACGGAACUCUGCAGGAUACGUGCUGCUCGAGAGGAAUUUCAGUUAGGCAAUGGAAUUCAGUUCGAUAACCAUGCAAAUGCCCUCGAUGCGGUUGACGCCGACCAGUCUAAAACAGAUAAAUCGGCGAAUUCCCGACCGGAUCAAUAUUGUAUCCACCGGGUCGACGGUGAUAAAAAUACAAUUAUUAUGACAGUUGAGUACAAGCCGCCCCAUAAACUAUCCGUGGAGAAUCUUCGAGCGGGUUUGCGACCGAUGCAGUUCUGGGAUGAAGUGGUCAGACCGGACUCCGUUCCCACGGAGGGGCCCGAGAAACUGAGAUAUAAUGCGGCCUGGCUAACCGGCUCGGCUGUGGUUCAGGAGUAUCAUGUCAUGCUCCAGGAAGGGCUCGAGUACUCAUAUCUGACUAAUGGAUUCGCAUUGGUUUUGCUGCGGGUCCCCUAUGAUAAUCCGGGCACCUUAUACUAUCAUCUCUGUGAACCCAACAUGGAAGUUAACCCGGAUGAUGAACUGGGUUCUUUACAACAGCCGCUAACAGCUGUUGCUCGGGUCUUGUGUUUAUGCCUCAUGAGUUUCCGCUCACAAUAUCGUGACCAGGAGUGGCGGAAUGCCACAAAGAAGCUGCCAAAAUGGAAGACAAGUUUCGAUCAUACACGUUCCCAGAUCCCAGAAUCGGAAUUGCAACAAAACCCGCCCGAUUCACAACAUACAGCAUCGGAGUAUACGAGCUCCGAACCUACUACAUCAGAAUAUAUACCGUCUUCGUCUCCUGCUCCACCCCCUGCCGACAUCCGUCGAAUACCCACCCGGUCUCGAGCUAGCUGCGCGUCGCCGAAUCUGACACCACGUCAUGAUUCUGACUCUGACGCAGAUCAAGCUCCAGGAGGAAGGAAGCGUGGCUUCAGUCAGGUUGCAUCCUUUCCUUCGUCUCCAUCUGCUCAACGAUCAGCACAUCUGGCGGGAGAUCAAUAUACCCCGAUCGGCAGCCAAGGUCAGCAGCACACUGCACAGUUUUGCACGCAGAAAUGUCUACGUAGCCUGCAACGAGGUGGUCAGCUGGAUGUUAAUUGCCCAAAUGUCAUGCUCCACCGACAGGGGGGGGACAGCAGCCAACACCCCAUCAAUGCCAAAACACUGAUCAAGCAACUCAAACAGCAACUAGAUGAAAAUAUCGACCGAGACUGUACACCAAUGGGGGGUUGUGGCGCAUCGGGAGUCCCAUUUAAAGUCACAUAUACGGCAUAUGGAUAUACUAUGGUCGGUAAAGGAACAACUCCCCGACGGUGGGAGGAGGUCAAACGUGAAGAAGUCGUAUACCGUGUACUCGACCAAGCACAGGCUUCUGCUGUUCCUGUUUUUCUGGGGGCAAUCGAUUUGGCCAAAUCCUACUUCGUACAUGGAGCUGGCGAGAUCUGCCACAUGCUCAUCAUGGCCUGGGGGGGUGAGCCCAUACAUAAGAUAGAGCGUGACACUACGAUCACACGUGAGAUUGCGAGGUCUGAGAAGGAGAUCUGUUCCUUGGGAGUCUCACACCAGGACCUCCGGUCGGACAAUAUUCUGUGGAACGCCGAGCUGGGACGGGCCCUGAUCAUUGACUUUCAUUGCUCGAAACUGAAUCACCGACCUAUGAAAAGGCGGGUGAAGCCACCCGGAAGGCAUCCGUGUAGAGAACUGCACAAGCGUAAACGACUUUGUAUUGUCUAA